UAUAUGGGACGUGACCAUAAUUAUCUGUAUAACAUGGGCCUAACUGAACUGAGAAACCGUUGUUUGCCCAAAAUAAGAUAACUGUCAGAAUUUCCUGAGCAACAUAAACGCAACUGACUUAACAUUCGAUAACUUCAUAUAUUGACAGUUCUGAUAGAAGUGUCGAGCAAAAUGGUUGAAAACAAGUCCAGUGACCAAACAGCUUUCGAAAUUUACCGUUCUACAACCGUCGGAACCACCUUACAAGAAACACUUGAUGAAAUGUUGGAGGGUGGGCAAAUAACUCCAAGUUUACGUUCCAAAAUUUUGGAACAGUUUGACAAAAGUGCCGCAACCGUUAUGGAACAGCAAGUUCUAGACGAACAUAAAUUCAAGGCCAGAAAACUUGCAAGUUACCGCUUCAGCGAUGAUGUAUGGACGCUAAGAUUUAAGGAUGUUAAUUUUCAAAUGCAGGAUAAGGAAGUUCAGGCUGAUAAAGUUCUAGUCAUCGCCUGUAGCGAUAAUCAAGCCAAGCGUUCCAGAUCACGUCGCUUUUCCUUACAAUAACCAACACCACAAUGACUUAUCUCUGCCUUUAAUUAAUCACAUUUUCAUUACUACAUUACCAAAUGCUACUUUUUUGGCAUUAAAACAUAUGCGUUGCUUUUACUUGAUUAGCAGAUUUUUAGGUUAUGUAAAUUUAGUUUAGUCUAUCAGUUAUAUCA